AUGAUCAUCAUCUCAGUCGAUCUCAUCUUUCGCGACACACUCGACAAAAUGGGAGUUGAUUUAAAAGAUAUGAAGCCUUCCUCUCGCACGCUCACCGGCUUCAACGGAGCCUCGGAGAAAAUGAUCGGGACAAUUCGCCUUCCAGUUUACGCAGGUGGUAUAACCCGCACCGUCAAGUUCUCCGUCAUCCGCGCCAAAGCACCCUAUAAUGCCAUACUCGGAACACCAUGGCUGCAUUCCAUGAAAGCCGUCCCUUCGACUUAUCAUCAAUGCAUCAAGUUUCCCGGAAAAGAUGGCAAAACUCAGACGAUUCGAGGCGAUCAACAAGCCGCAAGAGAACUAUUGAUCGCAACUGUAAAGAUGCAGCAGCAAGCUUCCCUUGUCAACUCCGUCAGUAAACCACUCAACAAGAUAUACCCUCAGAAGGAGGAAGUUCGCGAAGUCGCAAUUGAUGAAUCCGACCCGACGAAAAUCAUCCGAGUUGGCGUCUACCUGUCCGACGACGUAUGUUUAAAGAUCAUCUCUUUCAUCAAAGACAACGCCUCGACGUUCGCCUGGAAGACUUCCGACAUGAAGGGGAUCGACCCCGCAGUUACCUCUCAUGAACUGCACGUCGAUCCGACGUUCAAACCCAUCCGACAGAAGCGACGAAAACUCGGUCCAGAACGAUCUAAAGCCGUAAACGAAGAAGUCGACAGGCUCCUCGAGGCGGGUUUCAUAACCGAAGUCCGAUACCCCGAAUGGUUGGCUAACCCGGUUGUCGUCAAAAAGAAAAACGGAAUCGAGGCUAACCCCAAGCAGAUCUCGGCGAUCCUCGAUCUUCCAAGCCCAAAGAACAGCCGCGAAGUACAGCGACUAACCGGACGGAUAGCAGCUCUCAACAGGUUCAUCUCGCGAUCAACCGAUAAGUGUCUUCCCUUCUACGAGCUACUAAGGGGCAACAAGAGGUUCGUCUGGGACGAGAAAUGCGAAGAGGCGUUCAAUCAACUAAAGCACUACCUCACAACCCCCCCAGUACUAUCAAAGCCAGAAGCCGGCGACACAUUGUCUCUCUACAUAGCCGUCACAUCCUCCGCUGUCAGCAGCGUGCUCAUUCGAGAAGAUCGGGGAGAACAGAAACCAAUCUUUUACACAAGUAAAAGAAUGACCGAGCCGGAGACGAGAUACCCAACACUCGAAAAGAUGGCCUUAGCUGUCGUCACCUCGGCCAGGAAACUGCGACCCUACUUUCAGUCGCACACGAUUGAAGUGCUCUCCAACCAACCACUCCGAACGGUUAUGCAGAAUACCAACCAGUCAGGACGAUUGACUAAAUGGGCGAUGGAGCUGAGCGAACACGACAUCGUGUACAAGAAUCGCACAGCAGCAAAGUCACAGGUCCUUGCAGACUUCUUGAUCGAGUUAACACCAGAGCUGGAGCAAGACCUCAUCCUACCAAGUUUGAACUGGAUCCUCCACGUUGACGGUUCAUCCACGAGUAAAGGGUCGGGGGCAGGAGUGCAACUGCAAUCACCAACAGGAGAACUCAUCCGGCAGUCAUUCGGUUUUGGUUUUGCGGCGUCAAACAACGAAGCUGAGUACGAGUCCCUCAUCGCAGGGCUCCGUCUCGCCAAGGCAGUAAAGGCCAAAAGGAUCAGCGCUUACUGCGACUCUCAACUUGUUGUAAGCCAGUACCUCGGCGAUUACGACGUCCGCAACGAAAGGAUGGACGCCUACCUCAAACUCGUUCCUCGCGGAGAAAAUGUCUGUGCCGACGCCCUCGCUGCUCUAGGAAGCAAGCUACACGAUCAAGUCAAGAGGACAAUCCCAAUCCAUAAAAUCGAGAAACCGAGCAUCGACACGAAGGCGGAACAGACUGCAAUCGCAGCAGCGAUUAGCGAAGCAAUGGACAUCGACGAAGCAGAACCUCCUUCGCAGGACGAUCAGCCAACAGAUUGGCGCAAGGAACUCAUCGAUUAUCUCGCUGAAGGUUUAUUGCCCACCGAGAAAUGGGACGCGCGGCGACUGAAGCGACGUAGUGCACACUACGUUGUCAUGGACGGGGAACUACACCGAUGGACCGCGACGAAGGUGCUACUCAAAUGUAUCUCCGGCGAAGAAACGAGACUAGUCAUGGCCGAAACACAUGAAGGAGCAGCAGGCAAUCACUCGGGCGGACGAGCUCUUGCAUUAAAAGUGAAGAAUCUGGGAUUCUACUGGCCAACCAUGAACGCCGACUGCGAGAAAUACGUGCGCAAGUGCGACAAAUGCCAGCGUCAUGCUCCCACCUUACACAGCCCAACGCAGCUCCUUCAUACCCUAACUGCUCCAUACCCAUUCAUGCGAUGGGGAAUGGACAUCAUCGGUCCAAUGCCGGCAUCUCGCCAAAAGAAGUUCAUCCUGGUCCUCACAGACUACUUCACCAAGUGGGUCGAAGCCGAAGCCUAUGCCAACAUCACCGACAAGGAGGUGCAAAACUUCGUCUGGAAGAACAUAAUCUGCCGACACGGGCUCCCAUACGAGAUCAUAACAGACAACGGUUCGCAAUUCAUCUCGCAUCAUUUCAAGGGAUUCUGCGACAGAUGGCGCAUUCGACUCAACAUGUCGACCCCGAGAAACCCGCAGAGUAACGGCCAAGCUGAGUCGACGAACAAGACCAUCAUCGACGGUCUGAAGAAACGACUCGACUUAAAGAAGGGUUGCUGGGCGGAUGAACUAGAUGGUGUCCUGUGGUCCCACAGAACAACUCCUCGCGGAGCGACGAAGGCCACGCCCUUCUCAAUGGCCUACGGCGUCGAGGCAAUGGCUCCCGCAGAAGUGAAUGUGACGAGUUUGCGCCGAUCACGAAUGCCACAAAACGUCGAACUCAACCGUGACAUGCUGCUCGACGCACUCGACGACAUCGAGGAAAAGCGCGACCAAGCACUGCUCCGUAUCCAAAAUUACCAGCAUCAAAUCGAGAGCUACUACAACCAAAAGAAAGGUCUUCGAAAAUACUAA